AUGUGCUGCACAGGGUACACACUGACCGCUAUAUUAGAGUCAGAGUAUCCACUCCCAGGCGUCUCGCCACUACCACGUGUGUGGGAGCGCCUCGCCAUGGCCUACAACAUAAGGAUUCCCCACUACAGCGCCCUCAACUCCAGCGCGACUUUCCUGUCCCCCGAUCUAUACUUCGACUGGGAGGCAUGUGGCGCCGAUGCAGACAGAGCCGAGGAUUUAAUGGUACAGAUGGCUCAGGAGCAGCAGAUGCUGACCUUGCGGGGCUAUGUGCUCGGGCUUGGCCAUGAGUAUCUACCUCUACAGCAAGACUCGGACGAAUUUCAAUCCUCUCUAUGUUUUUCGCCUAUCGAGGAGCUGGCAUACUUGACAUACCUGAAAGAGAGUGCUUUUUGGGACAAAGAUGAGUGUGCUGAGCAACUGGUCGAGGUAUCAGAGAAGCUGCUUCAUGCCCGAUUCGAGCAAACUCUACUACAACUUCGUCAUAUGCAGGGUGCCUUUAAAGAGGAACCUUACCGUUGA